GUUCGAGAGGUCUGUGGGUGGCUCUCUCCCUGCUCCCCAACUGAAGGUGUCUCCUAACCGAAACAAGGAGCCCAAUAACAAACCAGGAGGUACCUCUGUGACUUUGUCGACUAUGAGCUGCUAGUAUAAGGGCCUCACCAUGGACCUGUACAAACUAGCUUUCCUUUUGGGGGCCCUGAUCUGCACUGUGAGUGGUACUGAGCAGGACGGAUACGCCAAAACUGAAGGAGCAUGGAUCCUCUCGCUGCAGAGGCGAACGUAUUCGGCAAACACUGUGGCUGACUGUGCCGCCAAAUGUGAUGCUGAAACGUCCUUCACAUGCAGGUCUUUCAUAUAUAAUGAAAAGGACCAAGAGUGUUACACAGCAGGAGCAAACUCUAAAACAGAGAUUAUCCUGCGCAGAAGCAGCACAGCGUUAUAUGAAAAAAAAAUAUACCUCCUGGAGUGUGUAAAUGGAAUAGGAACAGAUUACAGAGGAACAAAGUCCAAAACAAAAACAGGAAAGAUAUGUCAGAGAUGGGAAGCAAAAUACCCACACAGGCCCAACAUGAGACCAGGGUUAUAUCCCCUAGCAGACCUUGAGUCUAACUUCUGCAGAAACCCUGAUUCAGACAGCGGGGGACCCUGGUGUUACACCACUGACUCCAACACCCGCUGGGAACACUGCAAUGUACCCAGCUGCACUGAGGACUGUAUACACUGCAGUGGUGAGGACUACAGAGGGAAAAUAUCCACUACAGAAAACGGAUUCACCUGCCAACGCUGGGACUCCCAGCAACCUCACAACCACGGCUACAUCCCCAGCGCUCUUCCAGAGAAGUAUCUUGAGGAGAACUAUUGCAGAAACCCCGAUGGAGACCCCAAACCAUGGUGCUUCACCACCAGCCCAUCCAAACGAUGGGACUUCUGCAACAUAUCCCGCUGCACAUCCGAGGCUCCCACCAUCGUCCCAGAGUUGACCUGUGCCACCAGUGAAGGUGGAGCGUAUAGAGGCACGAUUGCUGUGACUGAAUCUGGCAAAACCUGCCAGAGCUGGUCAGCUCAGACACCACACAAACACAACCGCACGCCAGAGAACUACCCCUGCAAAGGCCUGGAAAACAACUACUGUCGUAACCCAGACAAUGAGAGGAUGCCCUGGUGUUACACCACUGACGAUGGAACUCGCUGGGAGUACUGCAAGGUGCCGAGCUGUGGGGAUGCAGCCGGACCAGAUGAGCCAGUGAUCCCCCCAGAGGAGGAGGACUGCUAUGAGGGGGAUGGGACAAAUUACCGUGGCAUAACAUCAGAGACAAUCAGUGGAAAAAAAUGUCAAAGCUGGGGCUCCAUGACUCCUCACAGCCACAAAAAAACUCCACAGAACUUCCCUAAAGCGGACCUCAGGAGGAAUCUGUGCAGAAACCCUGACGGAGACCGAGCUCCCUGGUGUUACACCACAGACCCCAGUGUCCGCUGGGAGUACUGCAACUUGGAGAAAUGCCCCACCACUCCUUCAGUAGGCGCAACCACAACGAAACCUCCAAAUCCCUCCACCCCCACCCGGACCCCACCAGAGAAAGACUGCAAGAUUGGAAAUGGAGUUACGUACCGUGGUCCAACCUCUAUCACUAUUCUGGGCGUGACCUGCCAGGCCUGGAAUGCUCAGAGCCCUCACCAACACAACAGCUUCACUCCACAAUCUCACCCCACCAAGGGUCUGGAAGGAAAUAGCUGCAGAAACCCAGAUGGCGAUGUGAACGGACCGUGGUGCUACACUACAGACAGGAACAAGAAAUGGGACUACUGUCAGAUCCCCGACUGCGCUGGACUGGACUGUGGGACCCCGGUUGUCAAACCAAAGCGCUGUUUCGGUCGGAUCGUGGGAGGAUGCGUGUCUAAACCUCACUCGUGGCCCUGGCAAAUCAGCCUCAGGACCAAUACGGGAAUUCAUUUCUGUGGAGGAACUCUGAUUCACCCUCAGUGGGUCCUUACUGCUGCACACUGCCUGGAGAGGUCCAAACGGCCGGCAGCCUACAAGAUACUCCUGGGUGUCCACACGGAGAGAGCCACUGAGCCGUCGAAACAGGAGAGGAACCUGGAGAAACUGAUACUGGGACCCAACGGAGCCGACAUCGCCCUGCUCAAACUGCAGAGCCCUGCAAUAAUAAAUGACAAAGUCCUGCCAGCUUGUCUGCCAGACAAGGACUUCAUUGUUCCCAGUGGAACCGAAUGUUAUGUGACCGGAUGGGGUGAAACUCAAGGUACCGGAGGUGCAGGUGUCCUGAAGGAAACUGGUUUCCCUGUGAUCGAGAACAAGAUCUGUAAUCGUCCAUCAUACCUCAACGGCAGAGUCAAAGACCACGAGAUGUGUGCCGGAAACAUUGAGGGAGGAACAGACAGCUGCCAGGGUGACAGCGGUGGUCCUCUGGUGUGUAAUGCCCAGAACAGGUUUGUCCUGCAGGGUGUGACAUCAUGGGGUCUGGGAUGCGCCAAUGCCAUGAAACCUGGCGUCUACGCCCGAGUCUCCAAGUUCGUUGACUGGAUCGACAGAACCAUCAAAGCCAAUUAAAAAGUAUCAUCCAUCUUGAACAAUUACAGUAGCUUCAGUCACAGAAAGUGACGGUUCAUUGUGCUUUUUGCAGAUAAUUUAAUAAGUGUGUACUGUUCUGCUCCAAAAUGACAACCUAAGUUUGUUGCCUGGUGUUAUCUGCUGUCAACAGGUGUUUUGUUUCUUGUGGUGGAAGCACAAUAAGCAGAUCGUUUUCCUGGUUUCUGGAUGUAAAGGUGUGUUUUCUGUAAAAGCUGAAAAAUAAAACUUAAUGCAAAGGAA